UGACUGCAGACCCCAGCAGGGUCCAAACGGAGUCAUGUGCACAACCUUGUCCUCACAUAACACAGACAGAGGGACAGGAGAGGAUCCAUAAACCCAGCUGGAGCACAGUGGAUGUACUGGAAGGAAUUUGCUUGCUGUAGUUGGAGGGGAAAGUUGCUGGCCUAUCUCGGACCAUGAAGCUUAACGUGGCGUUGUUUUUUGCGGGGCUCUUCGGGGCGUUGGCAGCUGUGUUCACCCUCCUCUCGUUUGGGACAGAUUACUGGCUGAUGGCUUCAGAGAGCUGCCACCCAAACCCUGGAGAUGUUGGUGGUGUGACAGUCGAGCGUGGCGAUGUGGUGGUGCAGGAAGGCGCUCCUGACGUCACUCUGUACCAUGAAGGGUUUUUCUGGAAGUGUUCGUUUGGAGGCAGCGCUGGAGAUGAAGACCUGAUGUGGAAGCUCUGGUUCACAAACCAGCCUCACUCCAAAGUGUGCACGCACGCCUACCUCUUCCCAUUCCCUGUGUCUCAACAUUCCCACAAUGCAACAGAGUAUGACUCGGCCAUCAUCUACAGAGGUUUCUGGAGCAUCUUCAUGCUGAUCGGAGUGGCCGCUGUGUUGCUCGGGGGUCUCUUCAUCAUCUGUGCGGCUCCGUUCGCCAGCCACCAUUUAUAUAAAGCAGGCGGGAGCCUCUUCCUGGCAUCAGGCCUGUUCCUGCUGUGUGUGGUGGUGAUGUACGUGCUGUGGGUGCAGGUGUUGGACGUGGUGGAGCUCUACAUCGAGCACCAGCGCUCCACAGUGUGUGCAGACUUCCAGCUCUCCCUCCACUACGGGCUGUCCUUCAUGUUCGCUCCCGUCGGCAUCUUCUUCUGCUUCCUGGCCGGCCUCCUCUUCCUUCUCAUCGGCCGAACCAUCCAGAUCCACUGCAACUGAAUUCCCCCAGCAGCAGGUUGGAUGAUUGGACUCUUUGUUUUACCACCAGACCUGACAUUUUCCCCACUUUGUCUGCUAUGUAAAUAAAGACUAUUUAUAUGGAAGCUCUGGGUAUAAAUGAUCUGACAGGAUAAGCAUUUUGCAACCCAAAAAGUGUGCCUUCAUCACUCCAGCCUGAGAUGUUUUCAUUUGAGCUGCAUAACAUUCAGUUGUAUGGUAUUCUCAACCAGCCUGAUCACAUAUUACAAUACAUUUAAUAUAGCAGAUCAUAUAUUACCCAAAGUUAGUUACAUCCAGUGCAUUCAGACAUGAAGAUACAUCCUCAAACAGAAGGUGGAAAAAAAGUUGUGAGGGUUUUGAGUGGAUGCUAAUGACAUUUAUCAGGGAGAAUAUGAACACACGCCAUUAUAUACAGUAUAUAAUGCUUUGUAUAGUGUUUAAAUACAGACAAUUACAUACAAGCGCACAGCUAAAAGUCUUAGGCUUCAACAAUGAAAGGUACAAUAUACUUAACAAAAAAA